AUGGACACCGCUGCAGGUGCUGCACAGGCUGCCAAGGACACCCUCACUGUGGGCGCCAAGGCUGCCGUGGAUACUGCGACCAACGUUGGACAUGCUGCCAUUGACACUGCUGCGGGCGCUGCUCAAGCUGCAAAGGAUACCGUCGCCGUCGGGGCCAAGCACGCUGCUGACGGUGCCGCCAACCUAGGCCACGCCGCUGCUGACACCGCUACCAACGUUGGACAUGCUGCCAUGAAUACCGCAAUAGCGGCAAAGGACACUCUCGCGGUCAAUGCCAAGAAUGCCGUAGACACGGCCAAUGCUGCCGCACAGGAAGCGAAGGCUACCGUGCAAUCAACUGCCAAGGUUGCGGCGGACAAGGCGGCUGAAGCCAAGGAUGACCUUGCUGCCAAGGCAAAGACGACACUUGACACUGCAGCCCACAAGGCUGAGGAGGUCAAGGACAACAUCCAGUCAGCUGCCAAGGCCGCUGCAGAGAAGGCUGUUGAAGUCAAGGACGAUCUUGCUACCAAGGCCAAGACCACACUUGAUACUGCAGCCCACAAGGCGGAGGAGGUCAAGGUCAACGUUGAAGCAAAUGCCAAGGCCGCUGCAGACAAGGCUGUUGAAGUCAAGGACGAUCUUGCUGCCAAGGCUAAGUCUACUGCCGAUGCCGCGGCCCACAAGGCUGCUGAGGUCAAGGACGAUCUUGCUGCCAAGGCCAAGACCACACUUGAUACUGCGGCCCACAAGGCGGAGGAGGUCAAGGUCAACGUCGAAGCAAAUGCCAAGGCCGCUGCGGACAAGGCUGUUCAACCCACAAGGCCGAGGAUGCUAAGGACAACCUUGCCCCUCAGGCCAAGAUUACCCUGA